AUGCCUUCCUCUCGCGAAGAAGAGCCUCGCCGGCGCAAAAGAUCUUACGACCGAGACUCUCCCAAAACUUCAUCCAGGGACAAGGAUACAAAGGAACGACAUAAGACAUCGGCUAGAAAGACAACUACUCGCCGACGCAGCGACGCAAGCAGGGAAUACAGUCCUCCACGACCAGAUAGAUCCACCUUGUCAGAACGCUCCUCGAAGAAAGUCACCAUGUCGAUACCAGAGAUGGAACGUCGUUCGUCAAUCGGCGAGAAGCGGCCGCAGUCGUAUCCCAACUUCUCAAAAGCACACAGCAGAGAAGCUGUCGCUCCGGGCUCAGAACCUAUCAUCGAUGAUCUACGACCUCGCACUCCAGCAGAUAUGGCCAGCAGUCCCUCACGUGUACCGCCGAGCCCUCCCUUGACCGCUGACGAUGUAGACCUUCGACGAGCAAAGAGCGGGAACAAUAUGAGGAGUCACGCGGACAGGGUCAAGUCCGAGGCUGGUCUUAAUUCUAGGAGAAGUAUGGACAAUGGUCUGCGGGUGAACAUGACAGGCUCUGCGGCGAGUAGCCACCGUCCGUCUCCCUCGAGUGUCUCUGAGACAUCUGCUCCAAGCACUGGCUCGACCAAGUACAACAAGGCCCCCUCCCAGCCCACCUCAACCAUCAGCCAGACCACUGUAGACUCGCAGGCAACAUCAGUCGCUCCCGAACGCAAGCCACAAGCCAGGCCUCCACCAGUUUCUGUCGCACAACAUUGUUCUCCUCAAUCACGACCCGACUCAUCACCGCGUACCCCAACGCCGCAAGAUCCAGCUUUCCCUCCAUACGUUCAACGACCAAAAUCUACUCCCGGCAUUGAUGUCUUCCCUGGCGGCUACUCUCCUCGGUCCGCUCAUCCAGACUCCGUUGCUAUGCCUCCCCCACCACCGCCUCCGCCAAUGGUUUUUGCCCAAGAUACCCCUCGUGUCGAUUAUCUGCUGCAGAAUGGUGGAUUGCCGUACCUCAUCUCAAAAUCCAUCGUUCCACCUGCUCAUGACCAACCUGUUCAAUCCUACGCCCAGUACCAGUCCCCCCGCAUACCUUCUGCAGUCGAUGUCCAACACAUCUUUGCACCUAUCAGUGGGCGUCUUGAGGAUAUUGGAAAGGUUCUGUCANAAAGCGGGUCGUUAGCUGUCGCUACAGGUUAUCGCUCAGUCGCCAGGAGAUUACUGGAUCGUCUCGAAGCUGUCUUUGCUCGUAGCAUCUCGCACGAGCGGUGUAAGUGUGUCUUGUGCCUGAGAACUGCUCAAACAACUCUAUCCGACGAGGAGGAUACGGGAAUCAGUUGGGGCGAGAUCUUGGAGUAUGUUGCUGGCCGUAGAGAGCUUCCACAGUGGCCUCCUUUCUCUCUAUCACCUGACGCGCCGGGCUUCAGUCUUUCUGGUGUUGAACCAAUGCAANAACUCGAUCCUGAUGUACCGGACGAGUAUCGCGCCCAUUACAUUAAGCAGAAUGCAAAGACUAAGCGAUCGGUGCAAGACUGGCUCAUUCGACAACCAGACGCUCCGUCUAGCCCUCCACAGGAGGUUGACGACGAGACUUUGACUUUUGCUAUCCUCACGCACAUCGAGCCUGAACGAAGACCGCUGUUUACAGCUCUUAUGAAGGGUCUUUCGACUAUACCUUCUUCUAGAGCGCCGACACCUGCUAAUGAGCCCAAGAAUGAAGUCUUGGCUAAGACUGCAGCCGCUCUACAACGUCUGUAUCGUCUACCAUACUUACCAAGAGAUCCAGAGUGCACUAUCUACUUGCUCAACAAUCUGCAUCUGCAUAGUAUGCUUGCCACACUUGCCGCGGUGAGCGCUGGUGAAUGGGAUAUCUUGGUGUCUGGUCGUUUUGACGGUUUCUUGUGGAGCGGAGCAGAGACAGUACCGCCUUCUGUAGCCUAUGGAUCGACAAUGACGCCCAUGUCCAGAACAACGACCCCUUUCAGUGGAGGCGUGCCAUCUCGCAACACAACUCNNCCCUUCUCACCACUGCGAAACGUCAUGUCUCCGGACCACACAGCAAACAUGUUUCCUUCUCGUGGCACGACGCCCGCCCCUGGUAUGCCUGGUGGUGCCCCAGCACCUGUCCAAAUGGAUGAAGAAACCGAAAUUGCCGUCCUGGCUCAGAUGGAGCGCGAAAUCUACCGCGGUAUGGAAGCAUUAGAGGACCAAUUCGAAGUUCUACAUAGGCAAGCCGAGACUGUUAGACAGAGACUACGCGAACGCAGUGCUGGACUUGCAAUGGCCGCCAAAGCACGCAGAGGCUCCAUGGCAUCUGAUAUCGGUGUGAGGAUUGGCACACCUGGCGGACCAUGGGAUGAUGAGCAGCAGUCAAUCUUCGAUGACGGAAGAUCGGAACUAGCGCCAGAUGACUCCGCCAGCAAUAUUGAUUUUGGAAGGAAGAGGAGGUCAAAGCGACACGAUCGCCGCACACCUGCUGUACCAGAGGAAAACGAGGACGUCGAGCGUGAUUCCGGUAGGAGAAGAAGAUGA